AUGUCCCGUGUAGGUGUUUUAGUAAUGGGACCAGCAGGGGCUGGUAAAAGUACCUUUUGUAAUUCUAUCAUUUCACACAUGCAAACAAUUGGUAGAAGAGCUCAUAUUGUAAAUUUAGAUCCUGCUGCUGAACCGAAUAAAUAUGAAUUUACUGUAGACAUUCGGGAUUUAAUUUCAUUGGAAGAUGUGAUGGAAGAAUUAGAUCUAGGACCAAAUGGUGCAUUAGUAUACUGUUUUGAAUAUUUAAUGAAAAAUCUGGAUUGGCUAGAUGAAGAAAUUGGUGAUUAUAAUGAUGAAUAUUUGAUUUUUGAUUGCCCCGGCCAAAUUGAAUUAUACACACAUAUCCCAAUUUUACCUAACAUAGUGCGCCAUUUACAGCAACACUUAAACUUCAGCUUAUGUGCUACAUAUUUAAUGGAAUCUACCUUCAUUGUUGAUAAUUCCAAAUUUUUCAGUGGCUCCUUAGCUGCUAUGUCAGCUAUGAUUCUAUUAGAAUUACCACACAUCAAUAUCUUAAGUAAAAUGGAUUUAGUCAAAGAUGAUUACUCUAGAAGGAAAUUAAAGAAGUUUUUGAAUCCAGAUCCUAUGCUAUUAAUUAGUGAAAGUAAUAAAAAUAUGAAUCCAAAAUUUUAUCGUUUAAAUAAUGCUAUUGCUCAUCUUGUUGAUGAUUUUGGGAUGAUUCAAUAUUUACCAUUAGAGUCUAAGAAUCCAGAAAGUGUCGCUACCAUAAUAUCAUAUAUCGACGAUGUGACACAAUGGGGGGAAAGCCAAGAAGCUAAAGAACCAAACGAUCAAAUUGAUAUCGAAGAACUGUAG